AUGUCGAACGCUAAGAACGCCACCACUGACGCUGCCGCUUCCAAGGAGAACCACUCCGAUGCUAAGGCUACUGCUAACGCUGCUGCUGCUGCCCAUACCAGGCCACAGCCAGUCGAUCGUGCUUACUAUGAGAAGAAGAUCGACAAGCUUAGCGAGGAGAUCAAGGGCCUUCAAGCUAAGGUUCACGAUCUCAACGAGAAGAUCCACGGCAAGUCCGAGGGUAAAGAUGAGUUUCUCCGCAAGCGCGAUCUGCUGAAACAGCAGAUGGACGAGCAGCAGAAGCUCGUGUCCGACUUGGAGACUAAGAGGAGCAAGACUCAGGAUGGUAUCCAUUCCAAACAGACUGAGGGACGUCAACUGCGUGCUGAAUUGAGUAGCAUGCAGAAGAAGUUGGGCUUCUCUACUGAGGACCAAAUCGAUGACAAGAUCGCUGAGAUCGAGUACAGGAUGCAUACUGAAUCCUUGGACCUCAAGAAGGAGAAGGAACUGAUGAAGCAAAUUUCCGAGCUGAAGCAGACGAAGCCUCAGCUCAAGAAGUUUGACGCCAUGAAGGCUGCCUCCGGCGAGUACGAUACCACCAACGUUGGACCUCUCAAGGCUAACUUGGAGGACAUCAAGAC